AUGAAACCAGGGUUCAGUCCCCGAGGAGGUCGAGGUGGUGGUUUUGGCAGAGGAGGUUUUGGUGACCGGGGAGGAGGACGAGGAGGUGGACGGGGAGGAUUUGGUGACCGUGGCGGAUUUGGUGACCGUGGCGGCAGAGGAGGAUUCCGAGGAAGAGGUAAAGGUGGAUUCCGUUCUCCAGAGGGAGGAGGAUUCAGAGGUCGGGGAGGAGGUCGAGGGACCCCAAGAGGAAGAGGAGGACGGGGUGGCCGAGGAGGCUUUGGAGGAGGAAAGAAAGUCUUGGUGGAGCCACAUAGGCAUGAAGGAGUCUUCAUCUGCAGGGGAAAAGAGGAUGCUCUGGUGACCAAGAACAUGGUCGUAGGAGAAUCUGUGUAUGGAGAGAAGAGGAUGAGUGUUGAGGAGGGAGAGACGAAGAUUGAAUACAGAGCAUGGAAUCCGUUCCGUUCAAAGCUGGCAGCAGCCAUCUUGGGAGGAGUUGACCACAUUUAUAUCAAACCAGGAGCCAAAGUCAUGUACCUGGGGGCUGCCUCUGGUACAACAGUGUCUCACGUCUCUGACAUAGUUGGGCCGGAAGGGCUGGUGUAUGCUGUAGAGUUUUCUCACAGAUCAGGUCGUGAUCUUCUUAACGUGGCAAAGAAACGCACCAACAUCAUUCCCAUCAUUGAAGAUGCUCGUCACCCACACAAGUACAGAAUGUUGGUUGGCAUGGUGGAUGUCAUUUUCGCUGAUGUUGCCCAGCCAGACCAGACUAGGAUUGUUGCUUUGAAUGCUCAUAACUUCCUGAAGAACGGCGGACAUUUUGUCAUCUCCAUAAAGGCUAACUGUAUAGACUCGACAGCUGCGCCAGAGGCCGUGUUUGCCUCAGAAGUAAAGAAGAUGAGUUCAGAGAAUAUGAAACCACUAGAGCAGAUCACACUGGAGCCCUAUGAAAGAGACCACGCUGUGGUGGUGGGCAUCUACAGACCUCCACCAAAAAAGAAGAAUUGA